UUUUUGACCAACACGAUGAAUCUGAUUGGAUUAGAAGGUUGAUCUAAAGUUGAUCUUCAGUCAAUUGAAAUCAUUGAAACCUCUCAUAUCGACCAAAUCGACCAAAUCGACCAUAUCGAUCAUAUCGGUCCAUACGAUCCCAUACUAUAGCCCGACUUGCCGAAGCUCUGUUAUUCCUAUCCUUCUUCAAUUGACUCUACAACCAACAUCACAUCCCACCAUGGCGUCCAAGAUCGCCCCCGUUCUCUUCAGAACGUCAUUUCGCCCAGCAUACCGGGCAUCCCGAUCACAGUUCCGAACAUUCACAUCCGGUAGCUCGAGGAGGAGUGAGACUCUUGCAGUACACCGAAAUUCGCCCGACAACAACCCCGACCUACCUUUCAAGUUUUCUGCCCAAAAUGAAGAGGUUAUUGCCGAGAUCCUGAAACGAUACCCGCCACAAUAUAAGAAGGCAGCUGUCAUGCCACUGCUGGACCUUGGACAGCGCCAGCACGGCUUCACGUCCAUAUCCGUCAUGAACGAGGUGGCGCGACUCCUCGAGAUGCCUCCUACUCGAGUUUACGAAGUCGCCUCCUUCUACACCAUGUACAACCGGACACCCGUCGGCAAAUUUCACGUCCAAGCUUGCACCACGACACCCUGCCAACUCGGCGGCUGCGGCAGUGACUCCAUCGUCAAGGCGAUCAAGGAGCACCUAGGGAUCAAGCAAGGCGAGACGACAAGCGAUGGACUGUUCACAUUCAUCGAGGUCGAGUGCCUGGGCGCUUGCGUCAACGCCCCCAUGAUCCAGAUCAACGACGACUACUACGAGGACCUCACACCCGAAACCACCAAGCAACUCCUCACAGCGCUGAAAGAGAGCGCCACCUCAUCCAGCUCCAGCGUCAAAGUGCCCGCCCCAGGUCCUCUGAGCGGCCGCCAGACUUGCGAGAACAGCGCCGGCCAGACGAAUCUGACGAGCGAGCCGUGGGGCAUCGAGACUACGAGAAAGGACUUGUAGAUGAUGAGGGGCGAGUAACGAGGAAUGGAUGACUUCGUAGAGCAUUGGGCCAACGUAGUAGUUAUAGCCUCUCUGUACAUACUACCUUAGCAAACACCUGCAUUGAUUCACGGAAAACAAGCAAACCCAAAAACCAUUUCCACAGUUCCAGA